GGGCGGGCUGGUCCCGGGCGGGACACCCGCGGCGGCGGCGGGCGGCGGGCGGCCUCAGGCUCGCAGCGGAGCGGCGGCGGCCGUGCGCACCAUGGACUCGGCCCCCGAGGGGUACGAGCUCAACGGUGACCUGCGGCCGGACUCGCCCGGCGCCCCGGAUGCCCGGCCCACGCGCUGGGGCAGGAACAGGCCCAUCAACGUGAACCACUACGCCAACAAGAAGAACGCCGCCGAGAGCAUGCUGGACGUCGCCCUGCUGAUGGCCAACGCCUCGCAGCUGAAGGCCGUCAUCGACCAGGGCCCCGGCUUCGGCUUCUUCGUGCCCCUGGUGGCCCUCAUCACCAUCUCGCUGGUGCUGCAGAUCAGCGUGGGCGUGCUCCUCAUCUUCCUGGUCAGGUACGACCUCAACAACCCAGCCACGCACGCCAAGCUGGACUUCCUCAACAACCUGGCCACCGGCCUCGUCUUCAUCAUCGUCGUGGUCAACAUCUUCAUCACGGCCUUCGGCGUCCAGAAGCCGGGGGGGGAGCUGGCGCCCCGGCAGUAGGCUCUGAUGCCCGGCCUAUGCCGCCACAGCCACACAGACCCCAGGAGCUGCCUCCGCCGUGGGCCCCGGCCUGCGCGCUGCACCCCUGAGAACGCCAGAGCCAGGACUGGGCUGGAACACACUCUCCAGCGAGUCCUGCUCCAUCCGUGGCUCCUCCCCCUGAAGGCGGGGCAGCGAGGCCAGAGGAGGAACUAGACCCCUAGGAGGGCCAUGGCCAACAGACACGCAGCAGGCCCCGAGGAGGGCGGCGAGGGCCAGGGCCAGCCCUAGUCUUGGGACAUUUUCAAAAGGACAAGGAGAUGCCCCUCUCAGCCAGCACACCGCUGGGGGCCCCUGGCCCCUGCCCUUCCUGCCUGGGACCCUGGACCAGCAGCUUCCCCCGGGGCCCCGCCCUACGCCACCUCCCCCAGCCCCGCUUUUCUAAGCCCAAAUGACCAAUAAAACGAUUGCUCCUCC